GAAAAUAUAAUGUAGUCCUAUAGACAUGUAAAAUAUAAUGUAGUCCUAUAGACAUGUAAAAUAUAAUGUAGUCCUAUAGACAUGUGAAAAUAUAAUGUAGUCCUAUAGACAUGUAAAAUAUAAUGUAGUCCUAUAGACAUGUGAAAAUGUUGAUAUCUAUUCUCUUCUAUUCUCUGUUUACUUUAACACUUGCGGAUAUUAGUAUUAUCAGUGUUGACAAAAACUUUACGGUAGCAAGUAACACCCCGGACCCUCAGGAGAAGAGGCUUGUGAUAGGAGUACUACUCCCGAAGGAUAUAUCCAACAUAGAAUCUUUAGAGUAUCAUAAUAGAUUAGAUACAGUCACUCCAGGUUUAAUUCUUGCAACUGAAAGUAUGAGAGAAUGGCUGCCUGGAUGGAACUAUACAAUUCUUCUAGGUGACACAAACUGCAAUUCAAUUCAGGGCCCUCUCACAGCAGUACAAAUGUACAAUAAGUACAAGCCCGAUGUAUUUGUUGGCCCUGUUUGCCCGUACGUCCUGGCUCCAGUAGCAAGAUAUGCUGGAUACUGGGAUAUACCAGUACUCAGUACAGGAGGGAUGGAGAUAGCAUUCAGAAAGAAAACAGAACAGUACAGCCAUCUUACAUGUCUUGGGGGAACAUACCAGCAGUUUGCCGAAUUCUUCCGCCAUCUUCUUGAAGUAUACAGCUGGAAACAUGUUAUGUUUCUUUAUGAUUCCUAUUCAGCGAAUAGUGGCAAGGGAAGAUCUAUGUGUGAGUUUACUCUUGGCCAAGCUUUCAGCGAACUAGGAGGAAUCCAGAAUGAAAAUAUUUCUAAUCUUCCAUUCGAUGCAGAAACUGCAAAUAGAACGUUGUAUCAAGAUAUAUUAGAGAAAUCUGCUCUAAAGGCAAGGAUAAUUAUUCUCUGUGCUCCUGUAUCUAAUGUUAGAGAAAUCCUAUUGACGGCAAGUGCACUGGGAAUGACAGAUAAAGGAGAAUAUGUAUUUUUUAAUGUGGAUCUAUUUUCAAGUGUAUCUAAAGCUACGCCAUGGUAUUCAUCUGAAGCAACUGCUGAAGAGAAUAAUUUGGCCAGUCAAGCUUUCCAGGCAGUUCUUACAAUAACUUCUAAAACAGUGGAGGACUUCGAAUUCGCUAAUUUCAGGGCGAGAAUGAGAGGUGCAGUGGAAAAACUGGAAAAUCCUGCCACAAACAUUACAGUUAGUACUUAUGUUGCCAGCUAUCAUGAUGCUCUAGUUCUCUACUCUCGAGCUCUUAAUCAAACUAUUCAAGCAACAGGUUCUAUAUCCAGCAGGAGGGAUGGGAGUGCUGUGACUAAAAAGAUCUGGGAUACUUCCAUUAAAGGAGUAACUGGAAAUGUGAGUAUUGAUAAGAAUGGUGAUAGAAGGGCUGAUUUCUCUCUUCUUGAUCUUGAACCUAAUUCACAAACAUUUAGAGUUGUUCGGGUGUAUAGAGGAACAACUAAUACCUUUGAAACUAUUGGAGAAAUUCACUGGCCUGGUAGAGAUGGGCCUCCACAGGAUAUUCCAAGUUGCGGGUUUGACGGAUCCCUGUGUGAACCUGUUUCUGCUCCAAUUCUACCAAUUCUACUCGCAGUAUCAUUUGGAUUAAUUAUAUCUCUUCUUGCUGUUUCUGUUUUCACAUACAAGCACUACAAGGAAGAGGCCGACAUUGCUUCCAUGACUUGGAAAAUUGAUAUACAGGAUAUUUUAUCUAACAAUAGACAACCUGGGCAAAAACGGAGUAGUCUUAUCAGUAUGACAAGUACGGAGAGUAAUCAGGAGCAUAGAGGACAAGUAUAUGUUAGAACUGGAUACUAUAAGGGAACUGUUGUGGCGUUGAAGAGAAUUAGCGCAGACAAGAUUACGUUAAAUAGACGUCUGCUACUAGAUUUGAAGAAAAUGAAAGACCUACAGUAUGACCACCUUGUUAGGUUUGUUGGAGCCUGUAUAGAUCCCUACCAACCUAUGCUUAUCACAGAAUACUGUCCCCGUGGUUCCCUACAGGAUAUCCUGGAAGAGGAAGAGAUGGACCUGGAUUGGGAUUUCAGAUUCUCUCUUAUAAAUGAUAUUAUUAAGGGCCUUGGGUUUCUUCAUUCCAAUGAAAUAGGCACGCAUGGAAACCUGAAGUCCUCUAACUGCGUGGUAGACAGUAGAUUUGUUCUUAAACUCACAGAUUUUGGUCUUCAUGAACUGAGGCAGAUUGAUGACAGUGUUAGUCCAAACAGUUACCAAUGUUGGAAAAGUAAACUAUGGACUGCUCCAGAGCUCCUUAAAUCUUCCCAAAGUAAUAUCGGGGGAACUCAAAAGGGAGAUAUUUAUUCUUUUGCCAUAAUUCUUCAUGAGAUAGCUGCCAGAAAUGGAACCUGGGGUUUAGCAGAUAGUUUUCUAGAGCCUAGAGAAAUAAUAAAUAAACUUAUACACAGUGAUGGAGAGUUCAGACCAGACAUUGAGAAGUUAGUCAUAGAUGAGGAGUUGAAAGUUUUAAUUACACGCUGUUGGUGUGAAGAGGCAUUAGAUAGACCGGAUAUAAAUAUUAUAAAGACAUAUUUGAAGAAACUGAAUCCACAGAAGUCUUCCAACAUUUUGGAUAAUUUACUUUCCAGGAUGGAAAUAUAUGCGAACAACCUUGAGAGUCUAGUUGAAGAAAGAACUGCUAAUUACCUGGAGGAGAAGAGGAAAUGUGAAGAUCUUCUUUAUGAACUUCUUCCAAAGCCUGUUGCCCGGAAUUUAAUCGAGGGAGGAGAUAAGAAAGUUAUUGCAGAAACAUAUGCAGCGUGCACCAUUUACUUUAGUGAUAUAGUUGGGUUCACCUCCCUGUCAGCUGAAAGUACACCUUUAGAGAUUGUUUAUUUUCUCAACGAUCUCUACACACUAUUUGAUUCUAUUAUACAACAGGAACAGUUUAAAGAUUUUAUUUGUGUAGGUUUACCAGAACCUAAUGGUAACAAACACGCGAGUGAGAUAGCAAAAAUGUCUCUCAGAAUCUUGGAAGAAGUUAAGAAGUUUACUAUCCGGCAUAAACCUGAAGUAAAACUACAGCUCAGAAUAGGACUUCAUACAGAGAUAAUUUCAACUUAUUUCUACAACAUAUACUGUUUGUUCGGGGAUACUGUGAAUACAGCUUCAAGGAUGGAGAGUAAUGGUCUACCUCUUAGAAUUCAUCUAAGUUCCUCUACAGCUGAGCUGUUGACAGAGUUUGGAAUAUUUCAUCUUGAAGACAGAGGAGAAAUGCAAAUAAAGGGAAAGGGUUUGAUGAGAACAUACUGGCUAAACGGUGUUACAAAUUCGGGAGAAGAUACUUUAAACCAAGAAGUAAAGCAUCGGUCUGUUGGUGGAUUGGAGAAGUUUGAAAGAAAAAUGGCGGGAAGUAUUAAAGUUCAAAAGAACAAAAAAGCAGCUGCUCGCCAGUCCUUGUUACUAGAGGAUUAAUAGUAAUAUUCACAAUAUUUUUCAAAACUUUUAAAUAUAUAUAUAAUCUUGAAAUAUAUAUAUUAUCUAGAGA